GCCUACGCCGGCAGCAACAGCCACUAAAGUUAAGAGUGGCCAAAAUCAGUCAAAACGAAACCGGUCGUGGUAGCUGAAAGUGAAGCAACUUGUUGCACUUUUGCCUACGUGGACUACGACUUCAACUAUUUUGGUUUUAAUUAAUAGCUCAAUAAAAAGAAAGACGAACACUGCCGACGCUAGUGUUGCGGUUGCUCCGGCAAAGGCGUUCAUUUUUGUUUAUCUUGCACUCCAAAGGUUUUCGUGAGAUUAUGUUCCAAAGUGCCCCAAAUUAUAGCAUUAGCACAGCCCUAAAGCCAAUAACCGAUAUGAGAUUCCUGAGCAAGGGCAGAGUAUUUUGGAAUUUGACGAAAAGCUCGAUUACCUAUCAAACUCCGAAUGCCGUUGUAAGACUACGGCCCGUCAACUUUAGCAGCAGCAGUAAUCAGAACGAUGUGGGCGACAAAUGCCAGACGAAACAAAAGCAAAAACUUUUGCAAUAUCAUGUUCUGCCGCUGGAGGAGACGCUCAAGCGGUUCAUGGACACUGUCAAGCCUCUGUUAACGUGCGAGGAAUAUGAGCAGCAGGAGAAAAUAACUAAGAAGUUCGCCGACGAGGAAGGAGCCGAGCUACAGAAACUGCUUGUGGAGACAGGCUGUGAGGAGAAGAACUGGUUGGCACAUCGCUGGCUUAAAGUUGCCUACUUGCAAUAUCGCGACCCCGUUACAGUCUACGUCAGCCCUGGAAUGACAUUUCCCGUGCAAAAUUUUGCCGAUACACAAGCGUAUGUUGACUAUGCUGCCAAAGUUGUUUUUGGCUUAGGCGAGUUUAAGGACAUGGUGGAUGCAGGUAAAAUGCCUAUCUUGAAAAUGGGGAAACACGAGCUGGACAACAGCCAAUUUGGCAAGGUUUUCGGCACGUGCCGCAUUCCACAGCGUGUUACAGAUUGUAUCGUAUACAAUCCAUGCUCCGACUAUGUAGUUGUGCUCUUCAAGAAUCACUUUUACAAAAUGCAGCUGUACAAUUGUAACGGAUCUUUAUUGUCAGCUAAAGUCCUGGCCAAAGAAAUUAAGAAGAUCAUGGAAAUGGAGGCAAGCUCCCCAUUUGGCACACCUUUCGGACUCCUUACCACGGAUACACGAGACAAUUGGGCUGAGGCCUACGAGCAUCUCGUAAAACUACCUGGAAACAGUGAAGCCGUAAAAGUAAUACAGGGCGCACUGUUUACUGUAUCCCUUGAUCAAUGCAUGACACCGGAACCAGGGCAGGAAACCAAUCAACUAGCACUUCAGUUAAUACACGGUGGCGGUAGUAAAAUGAAUAGCAGCAACCGCUGGAUGGAUAAAACUGUGCAGUUAAUCAUAAAUCCCAAUGGCAUGGUUGGUUUCACCUAUGAGCAUUCCCCUGCUGAAGGACAACCUAUAGCAAUGAUGAUGGACUAUGUGGUUAAAAAAAUGAAAGAGGACAAAUCUUUUGGUGAAUGCGGUGCUACGGAUGACUACAAACCCGCAUCAAAGCUCAAGUUUUGUCCACUGAAUCCGUGCAUCGAGCAAUGGGUAUUCAUAGCGCAACGUAAUAUUGACAAGUUGGUAUAUAAUUUGCAAAUGGAAGUUCUUAAAUUCGAGGGCUUUGGCAAGGAUGUGAUUAAGAAGUUGCGCUUGGGCCCGGACAGUUUUAUACAAAUCGCCUUGCAACUAACAUUCUAUAAAAUGCAUAAAGUGCCGGCAGCUCAAUACGAGUCCGCCCAUCUCCGAAUUUUCGAUGAAGGACGCACGGAAACCAUUCGCUCAUGCUCGAAUGAGUCUGUAGAAUUUUGCCGUGCCGUGGAUGAAUGUAAGGGUACGGAUAAAUACCGAGGUGAAUUACUGCGCAAAGCGGUAAACAGCCAUCAGUCCUACACCAAAUUGGCUCUUCAGGGACGCGGCGUCGACCGACACUUGCUUGGCUUGAAACUGAUGGCUGUUGAAAACGACUUGCCAGUGCCCAAGUUCUACUCGUCUCCAGGAUUUGUUAAGUCAUCGCACUUCCGUGUGUCUACAUCUCAGGUGGCCACCCCUUAUGAUGCCUUCAUGGGGUACGGUCCUGCUACAGAUGAUGGUUAUGCCUGUUGCUAUAAUCCUCGGGAAUGCGACAUAAUAUUUGCCAUAUCUGCAUGGCGUCACAAUAAUAUUACCAAUCACGUAAAGUUCGCGAAAACUCUUGCAGCCUCACUUAUAGAGAUGAAGAAUUUGGCUGAGCACGCACCACCGCCUCCACCACCGGAAAAGCCAAAGUGCCAAAGCAAGUUGUGAUGGGCCACACAAAUUUUAAAUAAAAAGUUGUUAUAAAAUUCAUAAGUGAAAUAAAAUACCAGUUUAUAUAAUUAGAUAAAA